CGCAUCACCAAAACGUCUUCCCACACCCCGCCCAUCUCUUUGACAGCAUCUUCAGGCGUCUACGCCCUUCUCUCAGAGCUCACCCUCUUUAUCCAGCCCGCGAGAUAGGGUGGACAUGCAGUUCCUAACACGUUCCUUGCCCGACCAUCAUCAGAACACACAGUAUUGUGCCACCCGCAACUCCACGACCAACCCCAUCACCUCCACCAUAUUCCUAAACUCACGAAUCGACCUGCUCGCUGGAGACCGUUCAAGUAACUCUUCGUCCCUGCCGUCGCACAAUUCCGCCGCUCCUCGGAAUGGCGCCGACCGAUCAACCGCACCCGAGCAUUGAAGAGUCACACGCAGCUCCGCAAGCUGUGUCUAGCACCAGCAAAAGACGCGCGCCUCAGCGAAGGCAGAGGGGGAAUCGCGCAAACAAUCCCCGAAGCCCACCUCAUGGUGCUCGCCCGAUCCCGAUUGCUGGAGCGCCAGAUUCCACCAUAACAGAUACAGACAGCGCCCCGCUGUCCGGUGAAGACGUCUCCAUUCCCACUGCCCAACGUCGUUCGAAGAAACACAUUCGAGCGCGGUCCUCAGCAGACCGUGCCGCUCCUGUGACAGAUGUCCCUGAGGGCUCCUCCCUCACUGACACUGAACGGGGAAGCAGUCAUGCCACAAGCCACGCCGUAGCUACACCAUCCCGGACCCAAGCUGCCUACGCCGGCCCUACAUUUCAUGCGUCCCCAGCACCAUCCGCACUCCCUGUGCCCAAGUUCUUGUCCAAAUCGGUCCCAGCCAAGGUUGCGGCAUGUAUACCGGAACCUUUCCUAGGCAACUCAGAGGCCGCGUCCCCUCCUUCGCCGUCUCCUGCUUAUAAUCCUUCGCACCAUCAAGCAGCCAAUCCUACCUUAAGCCUCCUUUUUAAAGCUGACCGAGACGAGAGGGCCCGACAAAACGGACAUGCCCCACUUUCUGGUGCAUUCCUAGACUCCCCCGAGCAAUCUGCAAGCAGAUCGGGAAACCUGCGGUCCAAUCAGGACUCGCAAAUGACGAUGAAUGCCCUGUUCCCUAUUGAAUUGGAUGGAGAGGGCCAAACGCAAUCUCUUUCUCAGUUUUCACAAAAUGCUGGCGCACAUUGCUCCGUCACUACCCCCUCAAGGAUGCCUCAAGGGGCCCGUGCAGUUCCGGCUGCCGACCCUCAGUCCUUCAAGGAUCCCGCAGUUCAGGACCUCUUGAAUAGGCUCUCGCUGUCUGGCCAGGAACCCGUCAAUCCCUCGUCUUCGCACGUUUCUGCUCACGUUCCUUCGGAGCCGUCUUCCCGGCAUCACACCCCAUCCCCCUUUCAAGACCGCAGGUCUCCGAUCCGCAGCGCUUCUGGACCCACUACACCAGCGCCUUCCACGAACGAGCUGCAGUCACCUUUCCACUAUGGCAAUAAGAAUCUCUCACCGCUCUUCAAGGCUGCGAAAGCCGAUGGUUUGAGGCGCAAUUCUGGUUUGCGCACCGAGCUCACCCCAGGUAUCCCUGCUGGUCCCGAGCAAUCUCCAUUCCAAUCUAGGGGUGCGUCACGGCCAAGUAUGGGGUCUACAGCAUCGAACAGCUUUGAUCUCGCUCAACAUCAUAGGCGUCCUAUGCAAGGGCAGCAAAGUGUAGGGGUAUCGAAUGGCCGGAUACCUCAGACGCCUAUUAAGCACGGAUACACUGGGCGGUCCGGUUCGUCCUCGCAAUCUAAUAACCCGCCAAGUACAGCCAGGAGCCCCGCAGCAAUGAACAAGCCGUCCGCCGCCAACCCUUUUAUUCCGUCGUCUGUACGGGCCAGGCAGUUCUCAACACCCCCUAAGGGAACCGGGUCGGAAGCACCAAGAGCAAGUACGCCCAAGGCAAGUGUGAUGGCUGCGCCAUCGACUUCUGCGUCCGAGACAGCUGCGUGGCAGACCGAUGCACAGCAGCACUCGGCAGUUGAUGAGCUGAAGCGGAUGCUCAAGUUGGAUGGCGCCUGAAGGCACGCUACUCGGCAGGUGCGGGUGUUUCUACAUAUUCGUGGUGCUUUGUGCACCCUGCACUAUUUCGUUGUGUCCUCAAUUCAUGGUCUUACUUUCCAUUUCCAGUUUUUGGUUUUUUUGGACUGGUUUCAUCACUGCUAUGGAUAUGGCAAGGUUGAUAAUGGGCGUUUUCCAUGUGCCUCUUCGGAUGCCUUGUCGAAUAUGUAAGGGGAACAUGUCGUUUUGUGUAUUACAGGUGAUUUGUCUUCACCCGGUGGGUCUCUUCUACCUGCUCUUCUCUUCGGCUUACUUGGGUUUAUGAUGCAAGAAGCAUUUAUAGGAGUAUGCGGGAAGGUUAAGAGGGGCGGUCUCUAGACGAGAGGUGCGCUAUGAUGAUAAAAAUCCCAGAAAAAACAUAAAAAGGUUGGACAUGAUGUCCGCUGUUUUGCUCUACUCGGGCAAGACAUAGUUCAUGUCCAAACACUUUGACCUCUUUUGCUACCGGUGAAGUAUCGAG